AAAAAUAAAAAGAAAUCUAAGAUACUUUUUUGUUUAUUAAUGAUUAUUUUCACCAUUUCUUUUACAUUUCAUCGUGAAGUAAUAAACAAGUCAAAAAAAAGUGAAGAACCAGCACUCAACACUUUCCAUCCAAACAAAUCCAGCACCGAACGCAUUUUGCAUUUCACAGAAAGAAAGAGAAAGAAACCGUUUUCUAGAGAGAGAAACUCGCAACUAUGUCCUUCGACGCAUUCACCGAUGACUUAAACGUCAACUCAUCUUCAACUCACAACUUCGCCGCCUCCGAUCAAGACGACACCUACUCCUCCGGCUACGGUGGUUACUCCAAUUUCUCCGGUGGAUUUCCUGCUGACGGUGAUGUCACUGUCGAUCACGACACCGAAGCUUCACCGGAGAUCUAUGGAUUCAGUGAUCCGAGUCCUGGUUAUUCUCCUUCUCCAUUUGAAUCGGUUACUGUAGAGAACGGGAACGAUAAUGGAAACGGUUAUGGUGAUAGUGACGGUGUUUUUGUCUCCGAUGGUCCGAUUCUUCCUCCACCUGGUGAGAUGGAAUCGGAAGAAGGUUAUGCUCUUCGAGAGUGGCGCCGUAAAAAUGCCAUUGAGCUAGAGGAGAAAGAGAAGAGGGAAAAAGAAAUGAGAUUGAAGAUUAUUGAGGAAGCUGAGGAGUACAAGGUGGCUUUCUAUGAGAAAAGGAAGCUGAAUGUUGAGACUAACAAGGUUCAAAAUAGAGAAAGGGAGAAGUUAUUUGUGGCUAAUCAAGAGAAGUUUCACAAAGAGGCAGACAAAGCUUAUUGGAAGACAAUAGCCGAGCUCAUUCCUCGUGAGGUUCCCAGCAUUGAAAAGAAGAGAGGCAAAAAAGAUCAGGAUAAGAAGCCAUCAAUUACUGUUGUCCAAGGCCCUAAGCCCGGAAAACCCACCGAUCUUUCCAGGAUGCGGCAAAUACUGUUAAAGCUGAAGCAUACACCACCACCUCACAUGAUUCCUCCACCACCUGCUCCUGCUAAAGAUGCCAAAGACGGCAAGGAUGGUAAAGAAACAUCAUCUAAAGCAACUGGUUCUACUUCAUCUAAAGCAACUGGUUCUACAGCUGAAGGUGCAUCAGGAUCACAACCAAAGGAUGUCACCUCUAAUGGCCUUGCAGAGGAACCCCAGAAAGAAGCCUCUGCAACUGAGGAGCAACCUGCUGCAUAAUUUUGCUGUGUUUCCUUCUCUCAAUAUAUUUUGUCUGAUACCCCUUUUUGUGCCUGCAGUGUUUAGUGAAUCCUUUGGUCCUGCUAUUAAUUAGUUCAUAAUGCAUAUUGGUCGCAUUUUAGUACCUACAUAAGGUUUUUAAUGAAUAUUUGGACGAUUAUGACAUGGAGAUUCUGUGUUGAUGGUUAUAAAUAGAUGUUUUUAGACAGAGUAAAUGAUGUAUUGACUUUAUGAUCAUGAGAUUGCUGACUGGCGGCACCUUGAUA